AUGAAGUGGCUGCAGGGAUCUUUGGCACUGGUGUCGCUGCUGCAUCAGGCGUACGCGUCUGGUCCUGCGUUUGCGGACUCGCGACCGUCUGCGUCGAACAAGCAUUUACAGUGCCACCUCAAACCGCUAGGGAAGGGAAAGGAUGAUACCAGCCAGAUUGAAGCCGCUAUCACGAAGUGUGGGCACGGUGGCAUCACCACAUUUGCGGAGGGGGAGUACAAUAUCACAAGAAAAAUGACCUGGCAUCUCAAGAACUCCGAGGUACAUCUGAAUGGCUACCUCAGCUUUAUUCCCGACAUCCAAUAUUGGCUCGAUGCCGCCAAUACGUACCGCGUCGUCUUCAUCCAAAACCAAGCCUCGUGGUUUGUGCUCACCGGGUCUGACUUCCUUGUCGACGCCCACAACACCGGCGGUAUCAACGGCAACGGUCAGCCCUGGUGGAGCUACUAUGCAAAUCGCACGCGCGAAGACGGCGACGGGCGGCCCAUCGCACUUACGUUAAGCAACGUCACGAGGGGCGUUGUGAAGGAUUUCAGGAUCGAGGCGCAGCCGUUCUGGUGCAACACAGUUGCCCAAAGUACACAAGUCGUGUAUGACGGGAUGUACUGCAACGCGACCAACACCGAUCCUGCAUGGGUAGGGAAGAACAUUGUGCCAAACACGGAUGGUAUCGAUACAUAUCGCUCGGAUUCUGUCGUACUCAAGAACUGGGAUAUCACCUGCGGAGACGAUUGCUUGGCAAUCAAAGGAAAUUCGACAAAUCUUUUCAUCGACGGUGUCACCUGCCGAGGAGGAAAUGGCAUCGCCAUCGGUUCAUUAGGCCAAUAUGUUGACCUACCCGAUAUCGUGGAGAACGUCACCAUGCAAAACCUCCACCUCAUUCGGCUCAACUCGUCCAUUCAACCGAACAUGCAGAACGGCGUCUACUUGAAAUCAUGGGAUGGCACUGUGAAUGGCGUCCCUCCGACUGGUGGAGGAGGAGCGACUGGUCAUGUCAAGAACGUCGUCGUCAAGCAUGCCAAGCUUGACAGAGUUAACAAGCCCGUGGCCCUGUACCAGACCAACGGAGCGCAUAGCGGAGACGCGCCGUCGACGCUGCAGUUCAGCAAUGUGGCAUUUGAGGAUUUCACUGGCACGGCCGCAACUGCUAAACGUGAGUUUGUCGAUAUCGAGUGCAGCCCCGCUGUGCCUUGUCCGAACAUCAAGUUCGCGGACUUUGAUGUCUCCCCCCCUGCUGGCGCGAGCGUCGAGCUGAUAUGCAAGAACGUUGUGAAUUACACCGGGCUAUCUGGUGGGUCACUAUCAUAA